UCGGCUUCUACGUUCAGUGCUUUCCAACUUCGUUACCAAGCCUAAUAACUGACCACCAACCCACAACGCUCAGUUGCAGACUUGCAGUGCAGCCCUUUCGUCUAACCAUUUCUCUUCUCUCACUCUCUCUUUCCCCUAUGUUUGCAUCUCCCUCGCUUCUCAAUCGAAGAAUUAGCAACUUAUUAGUCCAGGGAAACGAUACCCAACAGACCACCAUGGAAAUAGUUGGUGGAUUCUUCACAAGAAAGGUCUACAGUCCUCCAAGUUGGGCCACACAUCUGAAUCCGAUGCCGUCGCACACCUAUUCUCUUGGGCAUUUACCUACACCAAUUCACAAAUGGCAUCUUCCAGGAUUGCCAAAGGACACUGAAGUAUGGAUUAAGAGGGACGAUCUUUCUGGAAUGCAAUUGAGUGGAAACAAAGUCAGGAAACUGGAGUUCUUGUUGGCUGAUGCAAAGGAGAAAGAAGCAGACUGUAUUAUUACCAUUGGCGGAAUCCAGAGCAAUCACUGUCGCGCAACUGCCGUUGCUUCGAGAUACUUAGGCCUCGACUCUUAUCUGAUAUUGCGCACUUCCAAGGCUCUAGUGGAGCAGGACCCUGGUCUGACUGGAAACCUUCUUGUUGAACGGAUGGUGGGGGCCCAUAUUGAUCUGGUCUCUAAGGAAGAGUAUGCGAAGAUAGGCAGUGUGACCCUUGGGAAUUUAUUAAGGGAGAAGCUCCUAAGUGAAGGUAGAAAACCAUAUGUUAUUCCUGUAGGUGGAUCAAAUUCAUUGGGAACAUGGGGCUACAUUGAAGCAGUAAGGGAGAUAGAGCAACAAAUACAGAUGGAAUUUCAGGAUUCUGGUUUCAGUGACAUUGUUGUUGCUUGUGGCAGUGGAGGAAGUACUGCUGGCUUGGCCUUAGGCUCAUGGUUAAGCACACUAAAGGCAAAAGUUCACGCAUUUGGUGUUUGUGAUGAUCCUGGUUACUUUUAUGAUUAUGUUCAAGGCUUGCUUGAUGGACUACAUGCUGGAGUUGACUCACGAGAUUUAGUUCACAUUGAAGAUGCUAAAGGUUUAGGUUAUGCUAUAAGCACCUCCAAAGAGAUGGAAUUUGUCAAGGAAAUAGCUGAAGCAACAGGGGUAAUCCUUGAUCCUGUCUACAGUGGAAAGGCAGCCUACAGAAUGUUAAAGGACAUGGAAAAGAAUCCAGACAAGUGGGUGGGGAGGAAAGUUCUGUUUAUUCACACUGGUGGGCUUCUUGGUUUGUUUGAUAAGGCUGACCAGAUAAUGCCACUGGUGCAUAGAUGGCGGAAGAUGGAUAUUGAUCAAACCGUUCCUAGAAAAGAUGGAACUGGCAAGAUGUUCUAGCAUAUUUAAAUUGAUUUGGGUUAUUGGGCAUCAAGUGGUGUCAUAAGUUUUCACAUGGAGUGCUAUUUAUUGUGGAAAUCUUGGGCAUGGACUACUCUGUUGAGAAAAUUGGUUCUUUUUUUUGCCAAAAACGAAUAGUGAUUAAACUAUUCAUAGAAAAGAUGGAAUUGACAAGAUCUUCUAGCAUAUUUGAAUUGAUUUAAUUUAUUGAUGAACAAGGGGUGUCAUAAGCUUUCAUAUGGACUACUAUUUGUGGUGGAAA